UCCCUCCUGCAGCUCAGAACAGCGCAGGGUGAAUCCAACAGCCUCUCAUUUCUACUAUGUUUCUCCCUGAGCUACUAGAGCUUGAAUACACCUGAUAUUCUGCCUUCGUUUCAACUGAACUCGUGAGUAAGGCGCACUGCCUGAUAUCUGUCAAAAGUGAAUGGCAUGUUAUUACCUGAAGAGCCUAAAUUAACCAUCUUCCAGUACUGAAAGGCUUAUGAAGAAUUGCAUUUUUUUCAGCACCUUUGGUACUUCAUUGUUGCCUGAUUUUUUAAGAGCAUGAGUUGUUCUGGUUAUCAAGGGUACUUUCACCGGAAUAUUUCUUCAUGAGAUACCACAAAAGAGAGUCUAGGAAAACAAAGAAACUUGUGAUGUGGAGCUAACAGUUCUGGUUUCAGCUAGUGAAAACUUGCAGAGUCAGUGAGAAGGCAAAAAAAAUUGCCAAGGACAAUGUCGGUAACGCCUAGUAAUUUGUCACACAAUGGGACGAGCUUCUUCACUGAAAAUCAUAGUGCUAUGGAUAAGCCUAGUGAGCAGAGAACUUUGAAUGUCUUUCUAUUCUGCUUGACUUUUAUCAUUGCAUUCACAGCACUCCUGGGCAGCAUUUAUUCACUAGUUUCCCUGCUGAAAACGCAAAACAAAACCACGGUUUCAAUGAUUGUGACCUCUUUGUCAAUAGACGAUUUGAUCAGCAUCGUGCCAGUGAUUAUCUUCAUGCUCACCCAGUGGUCAACUGAUGUCCUCCCCCAGCCUCUGUGCACCACCUCAGCGCUUAUAUAUUUAUUCCAGGGCAUUUCUAGCAACCUGAAAGGGUCUCUUAUAAUUUCUUACAACUUCUACACCAUCAACAAAACUGAGACAAUGAGCUGCAGCACUUCCAAGCAACGAGUGAGCAUGGUAUGGGCCAUCCUUACCAUUUGGAUUGUCAGUUUGCUGAUCUGCAUUUUGCCUCUCUGUGGUUGGGGCAAGUACAUCCCCACCUCCUGGGGCUGCUUCACUGACUGUGCCAGUUCCUACAUCUUGUUUUUAUUUAUUGUCUACUCGCUGUGCUUUUGCCUUCUCACAGUGCUGUCUGUUCCUCUAACUUACCAGCUGUUGUGCUCAGAUGAGCAACAGCUAUUCCACAUUGAUUACCAGGAAAUCUCUCGAGGCUACACCACCCCUGGGACGCCUGCAGGCUGCAGCACUGCUACCCCAUCGCUGUCACCGGUGGACUCUGCCGAUAAAACCCUGAAGCACUUCCAGAGCACAUGUCCAAGCUCGGAGGCAGUUUUUAGGAAAGGGGUGGCUGAGAGCAGUGCACUUGAGCCCCGCUGCAUGGACAGCGUACAGAGCAGGAGCUUCACGGUGGGCUUUGCCCAGAAACGGUUCUCUCUGAUUCUUGCACUGACAAAAGUCAUUCUCUGGCUUCCAAUGAUGAUACAAAUGGUUGUCCAGCACAUCACUGGUUUUCAAAGCCUUUCGUUUGAGACACUUAGCUUCCUGCUGACUUUGCUGGCUGCCACAGUCACCCCAGUAUUUGUCCUGUCAGAACACUGGAUCCACCUGCCCUGUGGCUGCAUCAUUAAUUGCAGGAGGAAUUCAUAUACAGUGUCUUCAGAAGAACUCAAAACCAAACGCCGGGGUUUCGAAUUCAACCUGUCCUUCCAGCAAGGUUAUGGAAUCUACAGGAUAUCCCAGGAAACCCACCCCGACGGCGGCGGCGGCGGCAGCUCCGCGGCCCAGCCCGACCCGGCGAGCGAGAGCUGCGCGGGCGCCGGCGGCGGGCAGGAGCCCUUCAGCACCGCGGGGCCGGCGGACAGCGCCCCGGGGCGCGGCGGCGGCGGCGGCAGCGGGAGCGGGCAGGCGCCGUUCAGCACCACGGGGCCGGCGGACAGCAGCGGGAGCGGGAGCGGGAGCGGGAGCGGCGCGGAGCGGAGCCAGCAGCCGGAGCUCACAGACUGGGAAUGGUGCCGGAGCAAAUCCGAGAGGACCCCUCGGCAGCGAUCAGGUGGGGCCUUAGCUAUCCCUCUGUGUGCCUUUCAAGGAACUGUAUCUCUUCAGGCACCCACGGGAAAAACGCUCUCUUUAUCCACAUAUGAGGUAAGCACUGAAGGGCAAAAAAUAACUCCCACGUCAAAGAAAAUUGAAGUGUAUCGAUCUAAAAGUGUUGGUCACGAGCCAAACCCAGAGGAGUCUCCUAAUACGUUUGCUGACACAAGCGUUAAAAUUCAUUUAGAGGUACUUGAAAUUUGUGACAAUGAAGAGGCCCUGGAUACUGUGUCAAUCAUCAGUAAUAUCAGCCAGUCCUCCACACAGGUAAGGUCUCCGUCCUUACGAUAUUCACGGAAAGAAAACAGGUUUGUCUCGUGUGAUUUAGGGGAAACUGCCUCCUACUCCCUCUUCAUACCAUCACACAAUCCUGACAGCGAUAUUAACAUAUCGAUUCCAGACACUGUUGAAGCUCAUCGGCAGAAUAGUAAAAAGCAGCAUAUGGAAAGAGGUGGUUAUCAGGAAGAAAUACAAAUGUUGAAUAAAGCAUACAGAAAACGGGAAGAAGAUGGCAACAGCAAUUAAAAGGCAUUUAAUCUAGACAUUUAAACUGAUUUGACAGACAUUGCUCCUCUUGACUCAAGCUACCCUAGCAAAUACAAUGUCAACUGUUUUUUCCUAACAGAUUAAUUUUAUUUGGAUACACCGUUAAAUAGAUUAAAACUUUUAAUGAUAUAUGGAUUGGAUAACAUACUUAGGUGCUUUACAGCUUUGAACAGUGAAUUUCAAAUUAUUUAUAUAUCUAUUUACUUAAGGAACACGUGUCCAAAAGGAAUCCUAAACAAAGUCUUAAAAACCAGCUUUGGUGGCUUGUUGGCACUGGGCUGUCUGUCUGUGGGAGCCUGUGGAAAGUGAGGGAGCAGCUCCACAGGUGUGAAGAUACAAUAGUUUUGGCUGACUUGCAAAUCUGCUCUUACUGACAUGCCAGACUUGAAACAUUUAUCUGAAAAAAUGUAGCUCAAACCUAAGACUAGCUCAUUUAGUUGACUAAGUAGAGGAUUAAAAGAUAUGUAAAUGGUUUCAUUUUCUACUGCUCUAUACCAGAUUCAUAUGUAAUACAUACGUAAGUGGCAUUUGUAUAGACCUUUGAAUAUGGGUGUCUGAAAUGUAAGCAUGCACAUUUUGUAAAUACGACAUUGUGAAACUUAUGAGUGUUCUCAUGGUUAACAUUUUGUUGAUCAAAUGUGACAAAUGGUGGUUAAUUUUAUGCCAGUUACUCUGAAGAGUCCCCUUUUUUUGCCUCCAUGAUCUUUUCCCAAGUUAAGAAUUUUCCCAACCUUACAGAAUAUUUGCAACUCAAUCCAGAUAAAGGCAGCAUUUGAAAUGUCUGCAGAGCUAAGAUGUCAAAAUUAAUCUGAAUAAUUCUUCACGUCUGAGUCGUCCCUAAGCAAGGAAUAGUUUUACAACAUUGUGUGAAGCUGCUAUUUCCUCAACCUCAACACAACCACGAGGGCGGGUGUCGUUUGCAGAUAGUUGCAGAAGUCCCACCACUGGCUCACAGCAAGAACACUACUGUUUUUUCUGCUAUGUAUGUUCUGUCAGUAAACCUGUCAUCACUCUGCUUUGGAUGGAUGCCCAUGCUUUAGAUCCGAGUCAGGAGCUGGGGAAUACAACUGAUGUGGGACUCGUUAGGAAAGGGGGAAGGAGCUAUUCAAGGUGGCCACUUGAACGAGAUUGAGCUUAGACACCGACCUCAAGAGAGCAGUCUGGUUAUGUAAAUCAGGUCCCAGCCUGUAUCGCCCUCAGGAGGAGCCUGUCUCUCUACUGAUUUAUAAGGAACCUAAAGCUAAGUCUAAAGCCAACCUAAAACUGGUGAAUUCUCUAAUUUGUGUCAAAUCCAGACAAGCCAAAGCGGAAACAGUGAAUGAAGUUCUCAAGUCUUACAUUAAAUAUGCUACAUAUGCUUGAAAUGCUACUGCAUUUUGACUGAGAGGUUUUUUUUUUUUUUGGAGGGCUUGUCUUUCAUCUCAGUUAAACAGAAGUAAAUACACUCUCAGGACUUUCAGCAGUUUGAUUAAAAAUCACACUGCUUCUUUAAGGAAUAGAUUUAAUUCCCAGUGGUACGUGUUACGACAUAACCAUUUAGUGUCUGCAGUCAACCUGUUUUCCACUCAGUGGGAACAUGCAAGGGAAAAUAAGCACAACCCUGUUCAGGAUUCCUUUAUGGCUUGUGAACAGGCAGAGCAAAAGGGCCAAAUACUGUGUCUGUUUGCACUCCGUGCUUGGUCUGGAGGCCUGAGAACAAGCAGAUGGCUUGCCUUCUCCCCUCACCAACAUAAAUCAGGUUUUGCCGUUGCAAUCAGUGGGGUGGGCUAGUGUGACAGUCAUGUAGCACUGAAGAAAAUCAGGGUCGAAGACUGCAGGUUGCUGCGAUGGAUCACUCUGCGAGUUGUGCUUUCCGUGUGCUGCCUUUCCAAGGGGAAAACAAGGGCUCUCAGAAGAUUGCCCCAAGGCUCUUAAUUCCACUAAGACGCUAUGUUACAUUUCAGAUUUAACAAGAAACUACAGUAGAAGGAACAAUCGGUGGUAAGUCCAUUGAAUAAAUCUAUAUCCCUACACAAAGAGCAGAGACACACAUUCUGCUGUCUCUGGAUAUGUUGCUUGUCUUUGUGUUCUGUAGAAGGAACGUGGAAAGUGGCUUUAUCGCAACAGACACGCUCGAUCCAGAUAAAGGCAGCAACGUUGUGAUGCAGGAUGCAGUCCAUCACAACUUUAGUUUGGUCAGGUGUUGUGUCCUCCCUGGAAGUGAUUUGGACUGUGUUAACAAGGUUACGUGGUGGAGUGUUCAUCUCAGAUGGAUGGAUGUACAAAGGGUUAAAGUUUGGAGGCAUUAAAAUUCUGCAGAGCUCUGACCCAGAGCUUGACCUAAUUGUAGAGUGUUGUCUUGCUGCUGUAAUAAAACAUAGAUUUUAUUUAAUGAAUCUGUAAAUUUGAUCAUGUACAAAUGUCUGAUUAUUUUAUUUUAUUUUUUUUCUCUAAAUGACUCACAUCAUUAAACAAUUUCAAGUGUCUGAAAA